CAAACUCCAAUGCACAACUACUCAUCAAGAACUCUCACUCAAAAUGACAGAAAUACCCUCGUACACUGUUGAAAACCCUACUUUCGAGCCUACAAAGGUUAAGAAACAAUACAACAACAUAUACUCUUCGUUUCUCCCGAUCCUCUUAUCGAUCUUCACCUACAUUUUGAUCUUCUACGUCCUUGACGUGCCUCCUACGUUGAUUUUCAACAACACAAAGAUCUUGUUCUUCAUCUCAAACGCACUUGUCCUCAUCAUAGCGGCAGAUUACGACGCAUUCGCUGAGAGAGAGAACCACGACUUUUACGGAGAAUACGCGGCCGCGCGAGAAAAAGAUAGACGGGAAAACUCGGAUUAUGAGAUGGGUGUAGCGGAAGAAAUCAAGAAACAAGAAAAAGCAGUCAAAGCAAAAGAUAUACCACGUUACUUGCUUCACAGUGAAGCUGAAGUGCCUGAGAAAACAUUACAAGUCGUAAGCGAGAACAUCCCGAGAAGCAAACUUAUCCAAAAACAUGAGCCAACGACUGAGCACAACAUUAGUAACGGGGAAACUUGCAACACAAGAAAGAAGGUGAACCCUAAACCGUACGGGAGAACCAAAUCUGAUAAAGCACGCUCAGAACGUCGUCAUCAAGAGAUCAAACGUAUACAUAAAAGAUACGUUCGAAACAAAUCUGACGCUAACUCGAAAUGGAUGGUUGUUCACAAGGAGAAGAAGAAGGCUCAUGAGGAGGCGGAGGAGAAGUGGGAGAAUGUAAGAGAAGAAUCGGAAGAAUUCGCGAAGAUGUCGAACGAGGAGUUGAACAGACGAGUCGAAGAUUUCAUUCAACGGUUCAAUAGAGAUAUCAAACAACAAAGUUUUGUUUAAUUUUGUUUUGUCGUAGUACGGCAUGUCUAGUCAACCCUAUAUUAUUUUUACUUUGCCUUUAUUUGCAUUUGUCGUUAGAGUUGGUAAUUAAUGAGAUCAUAUAAAUUUAAUUUCUA